GCCAUCUUGAAAACUAACUUGUGGCCUGGAGUUGUUUCGGCGAACCCCAGAAUCGUAUUCAGCGCUUCACCGUGACAGUGGUCCUGAAGUAUGGCAAAGUUUCCGGCUUCGGCGGCGGUUGUCCUGGAAGCCGUGGAGGAGGACGCGUGCGAGCUGAGUUUCCCCAAAGACUUCGAGAACGCGGAGACGCUACUCAUCUCGGAGGUCCACAUGCUUCUAGAGCACCGGAGUAAGCAAAACGAAUCGGCUGAGGAGGAACAAGAACUGUCGGAGUUCUUCACAAAAACACAUGGCUACUGCACUAGAUUCUCCAAAUUCAAGAAUCGCGAAACGAUCGGCGAGGUCCGCAAUUUGCUGCAGCAGAAGAAACUCCACAAAUUCGAGCUGGCUCAGCUCGCGAACCUCUGCCCCGAAACUCCAGAGGAAGCGAAAGCUCUGAUCCCGUCCCUCGAGGGCCGCUUUGAAGACGAGGACCUACGUGAAGUUCUUGACGAUAUCCAAACCCAGAAGAGCUUCCAAUUUUAG